UACAUUCAUUAUUGGGUUCUGAUAUAUUUCCGGUUUGGUUGUUUCGGUUUCUCUAUUGGCUGUUGGGGCGGGGGAAAGAAUCAGGAAAAGGGGUUCCUCGGAAGGUAGGAGGGCGCAGGUGCGCACGCGCAGAGCUAGACGGCGUGUGCUACUAAAGUUAUUCUCAGGCCGAGGCGGGGGAUUUCUGCCCUCAAGCUAUCGAGUUGCCAAGGAAGGAGGAGCCGGCUAAGAACUUGCGAGCUUUUCUUGCGCCUGCGCUGUGGGUUACCCUCCGUUCUCUUCCCUCCCCCCCCACACCCUUUCCGCCGGUUCAUCUGCGAGGUGCGAAAAAUAAAAUAGAAACAAAGCUAUGAGAGACCGAACGCUGGAGCUGAGAGAGAAAGAUGAUGAGUCGGACAAUGAAGAUGUUGAAAGCGUGGCUCUUGUCCCACGGCGUGGAUUAGCAAAAUCCAAUAACUUCCCUGACCCUACUGAUGGAUUCUUCCAAAUGACACGUGAGAUCCGUGAAUCCUUGAAGGUCCUGGAACACAAAGUGAAGGACCUAGAGAAAAAUCAGACUACAGUCCUGGCUUCACCAAUCCCUGAUGACAAUGCGAAGCAAGGCCUACAAAAGCUACGUGAGGAAAUCAAGGAGUUGGCAAAAGACACAAGAGCCCAGCUGAAGAAAAUUGAGCCCACCAAGGAAGAACAAGAUGAGAACAGAAAUUCGUUCAACAACCGAAUGAAGAGAAAUCAGCAUGGAAUCCUUUCACAACAAUUCUUGGAUCUCAUCAAUAAAUGCAACUCUAUACAGUCUGAUUACCGAGACAGAAAUCUGGAGCGCAUCAAACGACAUAUACAGAUUACUGGUGGCCCGAUGGUAUCUGAUGACAAGCUGGAUGAGAUGCUGGAGAGCGGUCAGACAGAAAUGUUUAUUUCAAAUCUCACGAAGGACACACAAGUGACAAAGCAGGCUCUCAAUGAGAUCGAAACCAGGCACAGUGAAAUCCUGAAAUUGGAACGCAGUAUCCAGGAGCUACAUGAUCUGUUUAUGUUCCUGGCUACAGAAGUGGAGCUGCAAGGAGACGCAAUUGACCGGAUAGAGAAGAACAUUCUAGACUCUGGGGAUUACGUCAAGAAAGGGCAACUGCACCUUCACCAAGCCCAGGAGAAUCAGAAAAAAGCUCUCAAGAAGAAGUUCAUGAUUGGUAUCUGCUUGACCAUCACAGCAUUCAUCAUUAUUCUCAUCAUCAUCCUGAGUAUUACGCUUUAGAAGGCCUUCCCCUCCCCUUGUGUCUCCCUUCAUGCUGCAUGAUCAAAGCCUGAUGGAUUUCCCUUGGGUUGCAUCUCUUAUCCUGGAACUGUUCCCCUUUCACUGGGGAGGCCUUUGCACUACAGAUGACUGGUCGGGCACCUUCAGCCCCUCCAUUCCUGGAAGCACAUGCUGCCUAUACCUAGAAACCUUCCCUAUGUUCAAAACCAUGUCCAGGUGCCUAUAACGGUCAUAAUCUAGAAGACGGUCUCUGCUGCUUUAGUUUUGACCUUUGGAUUAUUUUUGUAAAGUUUUCCUCAAUGGAUACUGCUGUCCUGAGUCAGCAACUGUGAUCAGUCACUUCCAUGAAAGAAUCUUCAACGAAAGAACCAUUUUGUUGUUGUUGUUGUUGUUGUUUAUUCUUGUAAAAACAUAGCAAAGCAACACCACGAGCAACCCUAGUUUUCCUUUAUUGAUCAUGGCAUUUUUGCCCCCUCUAGUUCUCUCCCAAAUCCUGCUUCAGCACCUUCCUCAACUUAUCAUAGUUUGUGCCAUGUCACUUUAAAAAAAUAGGUUCCUCCCCUUCCAAAAUAUUCUGUGUUUACCAGAGAGCAACAGAAGAUAAGAAUAUUCUGCUCAGGUUGGGGCAGAUCUUGAUCCUUCACAUCCUAUGCUCAACCAUGCAUGGGGAAAUCUACUCUUCACCCUGAGCUGAUCUGUUGGAUUUUUCUCCUUAUCUUAGAGACACAACCUAGUAUAACAAAGGAUGAAAGAUAAACACAUUCUGGUCCAUUUUGGGCUGAAAUAUUGGGGUUUCCAAGCUUUUUUUAAAGAGCUCUUGCUGUGUCUUUUCUCCACCUACGUGCCUUAGGAAUUGUGUGCCCAACACUUGGUCGUGACUACAGAUUACUUCAUUCUCUCCCUUUGAUCUUUUGAUCCUGAUUAAUAUCCCAGUGCCAACUUUAAAAGGAUUGAGAGUGAACUAUACAAACUUUGUCCCUUGUGGGAUUUGCACAGAGACCAAAAUACAGCAUAAAUAUCAUGUUCAGAGGACCAGGUUAAAUCAAGGUCCCAAACAGUCUAGCAAGUCGAGUCAUCUGGUGUGUUUUUCCAUGCAAGUCCAGCUAAAUUAUUUUGGGAAAUCAUGAUGCAAGUGGAAAUUAGGAUCUCCUGGUCCUGUUUUUAAAAAUCCAGUACUUUUGUAUUUUGAAAAAAAUAAUCAGAGAAUUAAGCUUCCCCACCCCAAUUGCUUUAAGUCUCAAUGUAUUCAAAAUCAAACUGACUAUAUUUUGUAAUAUAAAAUAAAAGCACUUUUAAAAACA